GUCCUGGGUGGUAAAUUAAAAAUAUUUUUUCUUUCUUACAAGCUCGUGUUGAUCGAUAUUUUCCCGGAAAACCGCCCUACUUCGUAUUUGCAGACAACCCACCAUCGCCUAAGAGAAAAAAACAGCUUGACCGUUGAAGGUUACCGGCCUUUUUUUCGGUAAUGCGCCGAAAGCCGGGUGAGAGGAAUGAGUAAGUGACCUUUACAGCCAUAGGGCGGGGGGAAAAAAACACCCCAAGGUCAGCCCCGAAACGUCACUUUGGAAAGACAGG